AUGAUGACCUGGGCACUCCGCCCACACGGCGUCCGUACUCGUGGAAAAAAAGAACCGCCAAAGCCGCCCCAACCUGUUGGCAGCCCAGCAGAAUCGGCAGAACCAUGCCAAUCAGCGGAGAAACAACCAGGACAGGCAGAGGUGUCCCAAUCUGUUGCGAGCCCAGUAUCCCAACCUGAUUCAAGAAGUGUAGCGAAACAACCAGGACGGGCAGAGCUACCUGAGGCAACUGUCGCGAAACAAGCAAAAACGGCUGAACCAGAUGCAACCCGUCGCGAAUUGUUUCCGACCCCCCGCUUCCGCAGCCCAAGCGCAGAGACGAUGCAGGCCAGCCCAAUCGCGGAACCCGCAGGGCCUCGAGUGAAGAAACGGCCCUCUGCUGUGACUGGUGGCAGCGAGCUGCGCAAGAAACCCGCUGCUGUGAUGAGAAGGCCUUCUGCCUCAACUCCUGAUCCGUCUACCCUUCCUGCUCCCAGCCCCGCUGAUGGCACGGAAGAGGCAAAGCCGCAGGUAUACAAAGCAGGUGAUUGGGAGGCUCGCUUUGUCCAAACAAUUCAAGCCACCUGUUGUCUGCUGUGUCGAACCUGA